CUAUUGGCUCCUAUACCCACAGAUAGGAGGUUCUUGGAGACAACGGUCACAUCCCUAGCCGUUGUCCAUCGAUUCCUACUUCCCUUUUCUUGACAAGUGUUAUACCCGCUUCAUUCCUGUAACACUGCCACCAUUUUGUUCGAUACACUGGUGCGGUGUUUUCUUUUCUGUUUUUUUUUUUUUCUUUUCCUACUCUUUCAUUCCCACCGGCCGUACCUUCCCGCCUCAUGCCCCAAGACGCGCAUCCGAGCGGCGCGGACAAUGACCAGACACCAGCGACCGUUCUUGCGAUGGGUCGGGUAAAGGGCGGCGGCGGAGUGGGCUUCGGCCGGGACAUGGCGAAUGAUGCACACGUCGGCGGAUCUAGCGCGACUGACGGCCCGUUUGUGGUCGGGAAAAAGCGCAAGUCGCCCGACCGUGAUGUUGGGUCUGGCCUCGCCGAGGCGACAAGUCGUUGGCCAGGUCGUGACCCCAAGAAGAUCAAGCUACCGGGCGACCACGCAAAUCUGGGGGCCCUAUCAGUCUCAACGCCAGGAAACCUCCCGGGUCCAGACUGGUCUCUUUUACCUCGGGAGGUAUGGCACUAUGUUCUUACCUACUGUCCGCCCAAGUCGUUGGGAAAGUUGCUGGCUGUCAACAAGCGGUUCAAUGUCUACCUUGAUCCCGCCUCGCCGGUUCACGCAGACCUUCCUUCUGUGACCCACGGCGCACUCAGGCCCAUGGAACCCAAUGCCAUCUGGCAAGCUUCGCGGCGGCUCUUCUGGCCACAGAUGCCUGCGCCUCUACGGUCCAGCCCUGAGCUUGAUAUGUGGCGGCUUGCAUGCUCUCCUAGGUGCCAAGCCUGCGGUAGGGUUAACGCCCGGGGCCAGACUGCUCAGAAUCCCCUCCAUCCUGGCCCGGGCACUGAUGGUGUGGCUGUCAUUUGGGCCUUUGGCAGUCGAAUGUGCUCGGCUUGUCUUUUGAAGAGCUCUGACAAGGAGGUCGACCUGCAAAUAUCGCCGUCUAUCCCCUCUGCCAUCAUCCCCGCACUUCCCUUCGUCUUCCUCACGCAAGAUCGCGAUGUUUUUACGGCUACUAUGCUCGAAGCAAAUCAGAUACCCGCGGAUCUGGAAGUUACCAAACUCUUCUCAAAGUCGGACGUCCAAGCUCUCCAGGAGGAGUUCCUCCAGGUCAAAGAUAUGGGUCAAGGAACUGUGAGCGAAUGGCUUAAGGGCCUUCCCGGCCGGGGUAGCGACAUCCAGCACGACGCAUCAAAAUGGGAGAAAUGGGAAUCAUCUGGCGGUCUUGCGAAGAUGUGCUCACUCCUCCACCCGGGAUAUGAAGCACAGGCUCCGAUGACCCAAAAGCCAUCGACAAACACAAUCCCUACCACAUUGGCCUCCCAGGGGCGCCAGGAACGGACUGCCGAGCAAGCUGCGGAGCUGAAGGCGGCUAGAAAGGCGGAAAUUGAGCGACGGUCUUUGCUGUUGGAUCCGCCGCUGAGCGCUGAGGUCCUUGGCCGCAUCCCUGCUUUUCAGGCCGCUACGCACAUCGUUGCGCGGCUGGAUGACGAGGCUUGGGAGCGGCUCAAACCACGACUGUUAGCACAGCGAGCUGACGCAGAAAAGACAUUACAGAGUGAGCCCAAAUCCGAGCCCACGGACGGGCAACCGAACCUCGACACAACCACUCUAGCCACGGAUAAGGAGGCUCGCGACCGUGUUGACAAGCAUUGGGAGGUGGCGCAGGCCCCCCUGCGCGUGAGAAUUGCCAACUACGCAGACGAAGUCAUCCGGGACAGCUGGGGCAAAGGCAAAAAAGUCACAAGAGAGAGCUGCUCACGAUUUGCAGUCGACUCACUCAUUUACGUUCGGGCGAGAUUCUACGCCGAAGUCGCUAAGGAUGCCGCUACUGCAAAGGCAGCUGGCAAAUCGCCUCCCUUGGACCCUCCAGAGGGUCCUUUCACCCAGAAGUUAACAUUGGAAAACAUGAAGUGGAUCUUUGACUCGAAGUUCAAGCCGCACACUGAGCCGUUACGCAAGGAGCUCUUCUAUUGCAAUGGUUGCGAGGGGAACUACAAGUCGUUCGGCUUCGAGGGCGUCAUCCAGCAUUACGCAGCGAAACACACGAGCACCCUCAGCCGAGGGAGCAUUGUUGUUCACUGGAGGGCCGAAUGGCCGGAGCACCCGCCCUUCAGCGCAACAGCCCGAUCCGCCAAAUCCUCCUCUCACCCUCGCGCCCCGGGUGGCUUUACCGUCAACGGAGGUGCACCUUUACCCCCCAACUACUCUUAUCAAACACCGGGAACCGUGCCCGCUCCCCUGGGUCCCGGUUAUCCAUACGGAUACACUCCACCAACGUAUAGUGGUCAUUAUCAACCGCCUCCACUGCCGCAACCCACUGCUGCUGCUCCGUUUGUGCCGGCGGCUAGCUAUGAGCAACAACCGCCCUAUGUGGCCCCAGCUGCCGCUUACCCCGCUUAUCCUCCCCCCGGCCUUCCCUAUACUGGCCCAGCCGUUGAACCACCACCAAACCAUGCGCCUCCUCGCAUCGGGCACUACGAUUAUCAGUAUGGACCGUACCAGGCGAAUGGCAUUCAACACACCUCAGCCCAGCCCUCGACCUACCCAGGUCUCGGUCAGACCCAGGUAGACGACAUUGCGCGGAACUCCCGCGAGGUGUGGCGGGUCUUAAGUGAUAUCCGAGAUCUCCCCGGCAACGUGAAGGUUUCGGUGACAAUCCACCAUCUAGUUAAGAGGUUCCAGUCUCGGUUUUACGAAACGCCGCCGCUAUCGAUGUUCAUAGACGGCUUGUCCAAUAACAAAGAGAUGCGUCCUGUUCGCAACGUCAACGGGCUCGUUUGCAAGGCCUGUCACUUGGGACUCGGCAACGCUGUUUCGGUGGAGCAAGAUAGGAAGAACUUCUCACUACCACAGCUCGCGAACCAUUUUCAGUCCAGGCACAUCGAGCCGAUGCAGAGCUUACAGGCGGCCGCCGAACCUUUGGAUUGGGUUACCGACAUGGUUUUGGUUCCCAAUCUUGCCCUCCUCCCAAGCAUCGCUUCGUCGGCUAACGAGCCUCAGAAAGCGCUGCUCUCGGCCGCAUUUCCGACUGCGUUUGAGCCGCCGCCGCCCCCCGCCACCGACCAGCUCCAGUCACAAAGCGGUCAAGGCGGACAGAUUUCCAAUGAGGCACAUCCCACUAGCACAGCGGAUGCUUGGAGAGGACCAUUAGCAACCGGAAGCCACUUGGGUCGCUCUACUGCCAUGGAUCCUGUAAAAGCUAGCCUCUUCUCCGGCUAUCGCACCCCGGGCGAGUCAUCCCACAGCACGAUUCCGACAACUCUUUUAGAGAACGAGCAUCGAGUAGCACACAAUGCUGGUGACCGGUACUCGCCGCACGGAUCACGACUUGGCUGGGGACAAGGUGGAUUGCAUAACGACGAAAAGGUGGCGAACGAAAAGAGAGAAGGGAGGGAUUCUCAAAACGGGGAUGAUUCCGGCGACGAGGAUUUCGGAAAACAUUUCAAAAAUUUCAAAAACGGCCAGGAGAAAAAGGCGCGCAACAAGAAGAAAAAGCUCGAGGAGAAAAGGGCACGCAGGGAGAAAAGACUGGCUGCAUGGAAAGAGAAAAGAGCUCACGGGGAGCAGAAAUCCCGUGAGGGGAAAGGGGUUCGCGAGGAAGCAGAUGUGCGCACCAUGCGCGCCACAACCCGGGCCGCAACCCAGUUGGCGCAGUCGUCCUUCGGCGUACUUGAAGGGGUUAAGACGGGAGCUGCACCUCAAAGCCAGGCCCCAGCACAGCAAAAUGCUCAGGCGUCACAGCAGAUUGGGGAGAGCUCCUCGAAUAAGGAGCAAGAACCCGGAUCGUAUUUCGAUCAGAGGCCGAUACCUCAGUCCCAAGGCCAACAAGCGACAUCAAACCCUACAUUGUACGCGAACAAUGGCCCCUCGGAAGUCCCCCCAGCCUUCCGGACUAGCCGAGGAACGCAUGACCAGCAUGGUGAUAGGGAGGCCUGGGCACGACAUUUCCUCCCAGCUGACGAGCGACAAGCCGAUCCUGUGUAUUACUCCAGACCAGCACCAGUGGAGAGUCCACGGGACGCCUAUGGGCCCCAGCGGAUACAGGCCGGCUACCCCGGCCCAUUGCCGGGCUAUGCCCAAGAAGAACGCCUCGGCCCACCGGCCCCUCGGACUGAAGGCGGCAUUCACGGGACAUCGCUUCCAGAAGCAGACUACCGCCGGUAUCGCGACGAUGUGCACAUGGCUCCACGACCGCCGGUCGAGGCAUAUGAGAUUGUACACGUCAUCGACGAGCACGGGGAAUACUAUAUCCGUCGGCCAGCGCGGCGCGAGCCGGAUUCGCGGUAUCUGUAUGAAGAGCGGAGGAUCCGCCACGAUGCUGGCCCCUACCCUACCCGCGAGCAUUUGUACGAUCAUGUUUCCCGGCCAGGUUUGGUCCCAGAGGGGUACCGCGGGAGCGUGGCUUCAGACAGCCGGCCAGGUAACCGACGGGCUGACCCGGGCUACCAUGAGGAGUAUGACCCCCGGUUUCCGGCUGCCUGAAAAAGUCUCAGUCGUGCGUGUGAUGGCAACUUUUUCGCCACU